AUGAGCAACAACGUCGUUUUGCACGAUGGCUAUCAAUUUUUGGAAGAGUACUUGAUGCAAGUUCGGGAAAUGCACUUCGCACUCCAAUCGCGUGCGAAUGUGGACACGUCACUUUUGAAGCUGUUCACGCUUCACAACAAGCUGGAGGAUGUUUUUCAUCUCGAAAACUUUCAUCCGUAUUAUGAAGAAAGCGCGGAGUUCUUAGAAAGUACUGGCCAUUAUAACUACGCAGCCAAGAUGUGGUUGCUGGCGGGUGAGACAUCGAAGGCUUGGGACUUUUGGAGGCGUCUGUGUUGUGGAGAAUUGGAAGAUGCAACGUUCAAUCUCGAUGAUGUAGUUGAACGUAUUCCAUCCAUAACGGAUAAGAAACUAUUGCAAGAUGUAUUAACGUGGAUAUUCGUUGUCUCCUGA